AUGGACUACUCCUACCUCAAUUCGUACGACUCGUGCGUGGCGGCCAUGGAGGCGUCCGCCUACGGCGACUUCGGCGCCUGCAGCCAGCCCGGCGGCUUCCAAUACAGCCCCCUGCGACCCGCCUUUCCCGCGGCUGGUCCGCCCUGCCCCGCGCUCGGCUCCUCCAACUGCGCGCUCGGCGCUCUACGCGACCACCAGCCCGCGCCUUACUCGGCAGUGCCCUACAAGUUCUUCCCGGAGCCGUCGGGCCUGCACGAGAAGCGCAAGCAGCGGCGCAUCCGCACCACGUUCACCAGCGCGCAGCUCAAAGAGCUGGAGCGCGUCUUCGCAGAGACUCACUACCCCGACAUUUACACGCGCGAGGAGCUGGCGCUCAAGAUCGACCUCACUGAGGCUCGCGUGCAGGUCUGGUUCCAGAACCGCCGGGCCAAGUUCCGCAAACAGGAGCGUGCGGCCAGCGCCAAGGGUGCGGCGGGCGCGGCGGGCGCCAAAAAGGGCGAGGCGCGCUGUUCGUCCGAGGACGACGACUCCAAGGAGUCCACGUGCAGCCCCACGCCCGACAGCACCGCGUCGCUGCCGCCGCCGCCCGCCCCCGGCCUGGCCAGCCCGCGUCUGAGCCCCAGCCCGCUGCCUGCUGCCCUGGGCUCCGGGCCCGGCCCUGGCCCCGGGCCGCAGCCGCUCAAGGGUCCAUUGUGGGCCGGCGUGGCGGGCGGCGGGGGCGGGGGGCCGGGCGCAGGCGCGGCGGAGCUGCUUAAGGCCUGGCAGCCGACGGAACCCGGGCCCGGGCCCUUCUCCGGGGUUCUGUCCUCCUUCCACCGGAAGCCUGGCCCGGCCCUGAAGACCAAUCUCUUCUAG